AUGGUAUACAAUUCUCCUGGUGGACGAGGAAGCAGUAUGACACCAGGUCGAAACACCCCAUCGUCGAUUAAGUUUCCAUCGAGCAACCACAAUCACAACCACAGACCCACCUCUAGAGCUCGAAGCAGAGAUGAGAGCCCGAUGGGAUCUCCGCGAAGACCAAGGUCAAGGGAAAGAAGCAACAUACGAGGGAGAGAGCAACCGUCGCCUUUGAAAAUUCACGAUUCUACCGAGGGAGAAGCGAUAUGCAACUAUGACACGAACGUAACAACUCUCUAUGAGCUGUUGGAGUCUUCCAACUGGGAAAAGGCUCGUAGUCGAUGUGGAUCACACCCUCACGAGGUACGGACAUGGAUCGUUCGACGAGACACAAUCUCUCAAAAGAUUCGAUGGAAACUUCUUCCAUUGCAUGCCGCAGUUAUCUUUCAAAGUCCUACAUAUGUGGUAACUGCUUUGAUAGAUCAAUAUCCAGCGGCUGUGUCACGACGAGAUGAUCAAGGUAUGCUACCGUUGCACCUAGCGUUUCGGUACAAGGAAGAUAAUGAGGAUCUUCUCGAACUGCUCUUGACACAAUACCCCAAGGGAGUCUUGAUGAAAGAUAAGAGAGAUAGAAUUCCAUUGGAACAUGGACGGGGAUCCAAGUUCUCCGCCAAACUAUUGCGUCUCUAUGCUGAUGCUAAUGUUUCUGGAUCCAGGGCGCUUACAAUGUCGGCAUCUGCGGACAGCCACAACAUCAAACGGCACGAGCACGAAGCAGCCGCAAGAGUGAACGAGGUGGUGACUGAAUAUGAAAAGAAAACCCGGACGCUCAAGGGCAUGUACGAAGAGCGCAUCAAGAUGCUUCAAGAUCAACACAAAGCCGCCGUCAAUCAAGUAAAAAUAUCGAGCGACGAAGACAAACGAAAACUGGUCAAUUGCCACGUCGAAGAGAUGGAAGCUAUGAGAGAAAUGAUCAACUCUCAUGCCGGUAAUGAUGCUGGUGUUAUCUCGGAUUUGGAAGCAGAAAUCAGCGGCCUUGGCGCCGCUUUGACCACUGCCAAGGCAGAGCGAGAUGCUGCAAACCUUCUUGCUGCUGACACAAAGUCAUAUGCUGAUGAUCUGGCUUUGCAAAUGAAACAGCUUUUGCAGGAUCAAGAGGCUCUUCAGCUGAUGGUGACGCAGCAGCAACAGGAACUGGACAAAGCUCACUCACGCCGGGAACAGCUGAUACAGAAUUUGCUACGACAAGAGCAGGACGAGCGACCCACAAGAUCUCGAAGAGGUUCUGAGAUAAAGCAACUGAUUGAGUCAGGGCGAACUAAUAUGGAAACGGCUUUGGCUCGGGAGCCAUCCUCAAGACCAACGCCAAAGCCGCAAACGUCGUACAACCGUGCUCGGGCGGGAAGCAAUGACAAAGGAGGCUCACAUAACUACUUUCACGCCACCACAACACCAAUGACACCCGUGACACCCAUGAAAGACGACAUUAGUGCAAUCACCGAGAACUCCAAUUUCUAA